UUGAGGGCAUGGUCUUGCGGAGGGAGGCACAGUUGUCCAUCCUCGGUGUCUCGAUGCCUUCGCUAUAUACUGAGCCACAGGUCGGGCCAUCUAGGCCUUCUCGGGGAGUUGGGAGAGGGGGUUCGACUCGCGGCCGAGGCAGACACAGAGCACCUGUUGUGGAGGAGGAGUUCAGCGAGGAGGAGGAGCCUGCACAUCCUCAGUUAGAGACAUCUGCUGACAGAGAGGGUGGCUCUGGUUCCGGUUCCGGUAGUGGAGAUGAGGCCAAGGAGGGUUCUGAGGAUGACAGCCCCGAUUCAGAUGACGAUGAUGGUGCAGAGGCUGUUCCGCAGAAGAGAACGAAGAAGGCCUCUUACUCCUGUGCUUGAUAGCAUUGAUACAGUUGUUCCCUGCUUUAUUUGCCUUUUUUUUUACUAGUAGUUGUAGCACAUUGUACAUUAUUAGGCAGUUUUACUUUCUGUAAAACUUGUACCCUUGUUAUAAAAUGUUGUAACAAAG